UUUUCCCACACAAGGGGCCAAGAGCUUCCCGGACACCCAGAAAGCUGCUGUCCGGGAGCGAGUUGGGGGUGACCCGCGGCCCAGCCUCGCUCGCCCGUGCUCCCUUCUGCAGCUAAGAUACCGGUGCGCUCCGGUGCUGUACGGCCGGCUCGCCCGCAGGCCAGCUGGACAGGGGAGGUGAGGGGGAGGGAGGAGAGGAGCGAGGCUGCUGGGCUAGCGGAGCUCUGGGGGAGCGGCGGACAAUUGGGCUGGGAGGGAGCCCAGAAGAGCAGGCUCAUCCAGGCGCCGGGACUGCGCCGCCCGCGGCCAGCGGACCUGAGCAGCAGGGCCGUCCUCUGCAAGCUGGGGGCGGGCAGGGGAGGAGCCCCGAAGCCGUGGGGGCCGGACUCCCUGCCGGAGCCCCAGACUCUGCCCGGGACUUUCAACCCUCUGGGAGGCGUCCGGUCCCCCCUCUCCCCCGCUGCUGCAGCCUCUAAGAGGACAGAAUCUGGCUCUUUUCUCUGGGAUCAGGACCUGACUGCGGCCAACUUGCCUGGAUCCCUGGGGUCGCUGCCCCCUCCUCCGGGGAGGCCACUGUGGUCUCUCCGCGUAGACUAAGAAGCUGGAAAUUGAUCUCCUGGGAGCUAGGCUCUCAGGCGAGGGCGCGACGGGACCCGGAGUUUCCCUGGAAUUCCCUGCCCUGCCUAGAGGUGCUCUGGCUUUCCAGGUCUGCACCCAGGAAUCGGGUUGCCUGAGAGGGACUUCCCCAGCCUCUGGUAGCUUCAAACCAGGUUCCCGCUUCAUUUCCACUCCUGACUCAGGAUGGCUGCCAUAAAGGCCUUACAGCAGUGGUGCCGGCAGCAGUGUGAAGGCUACCCCGGGGUCAGCAUCGUCAACAUGACCACCUCCUUCAGGGACGGCUUGGCCUUCUGUGCCAUCCUGCACCGGCACAGACCAGACCUCAUAAACUUCAACAGCCUCCGAAAAGAAAAUAUUUAUGAAAAUAACAAGUUGGCAUUCCAGGUGGCUGAGGAACAACUGGGAAUACCAGCCCUGUUGGAAGCAGAGGAUAUGGUGGCCCUCAAAGUCCCAGAUAGGUUGAGCAUCCUGACUUAUGUCUCCCAGUAUUACAAUUAUUUCCACGGCCGGUCACCCAUCGGCGGCAUGGCUGGAGUGAAGAGGGCUCCUUCGGAAUCGAGCGAGGAACCCAAAGGGAAGAAAGCUGUUUCACAAGCUGACAAGCCUGCUUCCCUGGACCCUAUGCAGCCGCUGGCUCCAGUCCGGACAAACCCCAUCGUCCAAGAGAAGAAUACGGUCACGGAAUUUCCACCAGCAAAACCUGGCCGGGUCCCCACGGGUGGCGACAGCCCCCGGGGCUCCAGGAGCAGCAUCUGUGCUAUAUGCAAGAAACACGUGCACUUGGUACAGAGGUACCUGGUGGAUGGGAAACUCUACCACAGGAAUUGUUUCAGAUGCAAGCAGUGUUCCAACACACUCCACUCAGGUGCCUACAAGUCCACAGGGGAGCCUGGUAUCUUCGUCUGCAUGAACCACCACACCAAAGCGUCCAUCCCACACUCUAAGUCUCCUCAUCCAGAUCGGAAGCAGCCUGCAGCCGGGUAUGCAAGUCGGACCAACCCAGUUCCAAUGGACACCGCAUCCCCUGGUGUAUUGCGGAGGGCCCAGGAGCCAGACAAACUAAGAGAAGUUGGGCAGAACACCAGCCAGCCCAGCAGAGAGCCUGUUCGUAAUUCCCCUGCCAAGGGCCUUGCCCAGUCAUCUGGAUGGAACUCAUCCUCUGUGGGCAGUAGUGCCAUGAACUCCCUCAGCCCCAGCAGCCCAGCCCUCCAGAAGUCCCCUUCCAGCACAAGCUCUUCUCCAAACCCUUUUCUCACCCGCUUUACCCAGAAUUCUCCAGUGGGAGGCAAGCCCAGUGUGACCAAUAACUCCCCGGUGGGGUGGUCACCUGCUCCAAGAAAAUCAGAGCCACUUACCACCCCCAGCAAAUUAGAUUUGCACACGACUUCUCCUCAGGGCAAAUUCAGUGCUGGUGCCACCACUCAGAGUCCACCUAGUGCCGGCGCGUCUCCUCGGGGCAAAUCGGACUCUCAAGCAACAGCUCAGAGCAUCACCUCUCAGAUGAAAUCAGACUUUCGGGCCCUUCCUCAGAGUCAAGCAAACUCACACAUAGCUACUUCUGAGCACAGAUUGGACUUGGGUUCAAGUUCAAGCCCCAACAGCUGGACUUCAUGUGCAUCGAAGACACAGCAAGCCCGGGAAAAGUUCUUCCAGCCUUCUUGUACCUCAGCGGACAAGCCUCCAGCUUCCAAGGAAUAUGGUCUGACCUUUACUUCCCCCCAGGCAGCUGGGAAAGCCCCCUCUGGGGCCACAGUCGCUCCUGGUCAGGCCGUACAGGAAAGGACAAAGGACAAAGCUCGCAGUUUCCUCAUCCAGAAUCUUAAAGCAGGUUUGGCCUCAAAUGGUCCGGGGAGCACUGCUGCUCAGGGACCAACCAGGUCAUCUCCUACCCCAUCCCAUGCUCCGACGCCAGACUCUAAGCCUGAUGGGCUGAGAGGGGUUUCCAAAGCAAAGGUGGAGCCAGCAUCUCCCCGGCCUGGCACCAUGAUGGAACUCUCUUCCAAGAGCAAGCCUUCCACCCCAGCGUCUCCCCAAAGAGUGAAGAAGAGCCCUACUUUCUCUCGUCCCAGCCAGGAGCUCCUAAACCCCAGGCAGAAGCCAGACACCUCAGGGGUAAAUGGUCAGGGUCCCCGCUCUACUGAAAACCAAAUUGAGGAUCCUGCCGCUUGGCGGUCCAAACUAAAGCCUGUGGAGAAGAUCUCGUCAGUGGACAAGGUUUCAGAGCAAAAGGAAAAAGUCACGCCAACUCCCAUAGAUACCAAGGGAUUGGCCCUUUCCAAGAAGCCUUUGGAAAAUUCCUCCACAAGUAUUGAGAUCACGCUGAGCUCACCUCUAAAGGACAAGGCCUCCACCUCUGCCUCUGCCCUUCCCAGUAAGAGCCAGGCCUCUGUCCCUGCCCCCCAAGGCCGGAAGAAACUCUCCAUACCCCCCAACCUGGAUGUUUCUGACAGCUGGAUGAAGCUCGAGCACAAGAGGGAUGAUGCCACACCCCCAGAGAAGCCUAGUCGGCUCAGCAAGAUAGAAAAACCCUAUAUUCCAACUAGUUUCCCCAUUUCAUCCAACAAGGAGGUGAAAUCUCCAGUCAAGCUCCACCCUGACUAUAUCCCAGAGGAAGAGAUUCAAAAGAAGAUUCAGGACAUCGAGAAGGAGCUGGAUUCUUUAGAACUGAAAGGCAUAGACCUAGAGAAAAAGCUUCGGGAAGCCGAAGGGGAUGAAUCUGAAGAUGCCCUCAUGGUAGAAUGGUUCAAACUCAUCCAUGAGAAACAGCUGUUGUUGAGGCAGGAGUCAGAGCUGAUGUACAAGGCCAAGGAGCAGCGCCUGGAAGAGAUGCAGCUUGAUAUUGCUGAUGAACUUCGACGUUUGAUGGAAAAACCAGAGGCUUUGAAGACUCCGAGGGAGAAGAAGAGGGAACAGGAUCUUCUCGAACAGUAUGUGAACACGGUGAAUGAUCGCAGCGACAUCGUGGACAGUCUGGAUGAGGAUCGGCUCAGGGAGCAGGAGGAGGACCAGGUGAUCCAGGACAUGAUCCAGAAACUAGAUCUCCAGAAGGAGGGAGCAGAGAAGAAGAAACCCAAGACUGGCCGCUUAUCCAAGAUUUGGAGGCAGAAGAAUAAAGGCAAAACCUCAGAGUGAUGGCUCCCUCUCUCCAAGGACCCAGCCAGAGACGGGGUGAUAAUGUGUCUCCAUCCAUCGUGGCAGCCUCCCCCACUACCUAGGACGGAAAGGACCAGAGGGAAUAUGGAAUCCAGGACUUGUUGAAGGGUGACGAGCUUGUCGCAUCCCACAGUGGGAAGGAAGGACCCGAGUGAUGGCCAGCUCAAAACAUCUUCUCCUUAGGAGAGGGCCCUCUGUGGCCUGCUUAUUGUGGGGAAUAAGCCUGCUGGGCUUCAAAUAGAAGCAGAGACUUCAGGGCCAGGGAAGGGCAAACCCUCUUGCCUUCAAGGGAGAUCUUUAAUGGCCUCAUAAUAAUAAAAAAUAAAAGCAUCCAAAUCUA